AUGUCCCAUAUCGGAUACCCCGACGACAGGGACCCCAAGAUUGGGCAAAAAUAUUUUGAUGACAUGUGCUCUGAUAUGCAAAGGCGGUUUGUGAUAUAUGGAAAGAUUGGGAAAGGAACGUUUGGCCAGAUAUAUGCGGCUCGAGAGAUCAAUCCUCCUCCAUCUCCCACCAACACCGAUACUAACACUGGCUCUGGCUCCGGCUCCGACUCUGACUCUCCGCAACCAACUGGCGGUUCUGACAAUGAUGGCCCACGCACCGGUACUACCGGGAAUGAUAGACCACGCCAGUUCGCUAUAAAGAUGGAACUUCAAACCCCUUUAUCUCGAGCAACAAAAUACCAAAAGGCCCCAACAUGUCUCUAUCGAGAAACUUCCACUGGAGCUGAACGUUUGCUGCCUGUGGAAGCGAUCGUACUCCAACUACUCACACAGUGUGACCGGUUUCCGAAACUUGAUUCCGUCUAUAUCCAUAGGGAGUUUUCGUCGAUAGUCAUGUCUGCUGAUAGCGUCGAUGACGAUCCAUUGCGAGGGACAUUGCCCCAGCUAAAAACAGUACCAACACAUUUAUUUCCGGGGUAUAAUGGGGAACAGUUGAUGUACUGGAAAACGACGAGAAUCACUGAAAUCCAGGCGUGCAAAAUCGCGUCCCACCUUCUUGAGGCGAUCGUUUAUCUCAUGGAUAUGAAGAUGAUGCAUGGCGAUUUAAGCCAUCGAAAUUACAUCUUGGAUAAGAAUCUUAACGCUCAGCUUAUCGACUUCGGUGCUGUAUAUGCGGCUGAAAGGGACGGGUGGAUGACAGAUGAAUAUGGCUAUAUCGAAGCAUUCGAAUAUUUUGUUAAUCCAGAGAUAGCCCUGGCAUUCGCAACCUCUGGCAUAAGCAACCCCAGAGACACACUUGACGAUAGAAUGUUGGUCCUGGAUCACGACAUUCGUGUGCAAAACCUCUGGAAAUUCGGGGUGUUGGUUUACGACCUGCUUCACGGAUAUUCUCCUUGGGAAACACCGGAACGCCAUCCACACCAGGCAGAGAUAAAGGAGCUCCAUGACUGGUCGUACGACGACGAUGAGAAGUAUAUCUACCUCUACGACAGGAGGGUGCGAAUUAUGAAUGAAGAGCUGCCCAUCGACGAACGUCUAUCACAGGAUUGUGUGGACGCGUUGAGGCAUUUGCUGGCAAGAGAUAUAUGUGAUAGGAUGAAGCUGGCAGAUUUGCAGAACCUGCCCUGGUUUCAAGGACACUGGGUUGACCACCAUCCUAGUGAGCUGGCCAGGCCACCGAGGAGAGCGCAUUAA